CCGCACAAACCCAUUUUUAGCUUGGCGCUCAGAUACGCCAUGCGCGCGAAACUCUUCUCCAUCGAAAAGGGGAUUCCACUCAAGUUUCGUGUUUUGCUGGUUGUGGACAUGGUAACUGAUGGUAGAGGGACAAUUUCCAUGAUUAUCUCUGUUUUGGUAAUAAAUGCCAUUAACCUAUAGGCGGUGAAGGAGAACCUCCAAAGGUAAGGAAAAUGAAAACAUGAUCAUCAAGGUUACUUGAUUUGAUUCCGAAGGAAAACCCCCUCUAUUGAAGAAGUUUCUCUCUAAUCAGAACGAUAAUGGCUAUGACAACGAUAGACAGAAAGUAGGAAGCCACGGCAACUCCAGAAGAGAUGUGCUCUUCGAAGACGAUGAAGUAAGGAGAAAGGUCUCAGAUAGUAUUAUCUUCAACACAUCGAUGACCUUCAGCUUCAGGUCCGACAGAAGACUCACAAUCUCAAUCACCUCGAAGCUUAGAGGAAUGAUCUCAAUUCUAGAGGAAUCAACCCACUUCUCUCCUUACUCCCGAAUCCUCUGGCGCUUCAUCAUCACGUCCGAAGGAAGGGUUGGCAGCAGUAUUUCGAGAAAUCAAUUCAGGGAAGCCUGUGACUGCUGGUCUAAGAAAGGUAACGGAUGAUAUGAAGAAAAAGAACCGUGCUAAUAGAAUUGGCAUUGUUGGUGCCAGUGAAAAAGAUGCACGCACUAGUUCUCCAUCAUUUUCUAAGGCAGGACCUCCAAAGUUGGAGCUUCAAAUGGAUCGCAAGUGAGGAUCCUAAGAUUUUCUUUAACAUUGAAAGCUAGCCAUGUUUCAGGAAGCAUCUUUCUUGAUAAGCUUUAUACUUAUGUAAGAGGUGGGUUUGGUAUUUGAUUUGUCUAUUGUUACAUAUUUAACAAAUGGGUGUUUAAGAAUCAAAUUGGGAGAAAGAACUUGGUUAUUGAUGAUUGUGAUGCAAAACAAUCUGUAUAUGUUUUUGGGUGCAAGGACUCUGUUUUGCAAAUCCAAGGUCAUUGCUGCUUCCCGUAAGCUGUACCAGUAUUUUUUUGGCUGGUUAUCCAACUACUUAUAUAUAACAAGGGAAAGUGAAUAAUAUAACAGUUGACAAGUUCUCUAAGAUGGGGAUUGUAUUCACGGAUGUUGUAGCAGCUUGUGAGAUCGUGAACUGCAAUGUUGUUGAGUUCCAUUGCCAGGGCUUGACUCCAACAAUUUCAGUGGACAAUACAGGAGGCUGCCAAUUAUAUCUGAGUAAAGAGUCUCUGGGGGCUUCUAUAACAACAGCUAAGUCAAGUGAAAUAAAUGUAUCAGUACCUGGUGGUGGCCUUGAUGCUGAUUGGGUCUUGUCUACAUCCUCCAUCACCAAAAAGAUGAAGUUGACGUCCACUAAAACAUGGAUAUCAUUUCUUAGGUUACCACUACCCGUUGAUGUGUACGAGGUUUUUAUCUUUCACACUUGCUGAAAUUUAAAUUGAGCUCCUUAAACAUGUGGAAAGCAAUGAAAGGGCCACAAUUGAUAGUUAAUUUUGCAAUGGUGAAACCUUUGUUAGCUAUGGUGGAUACACCAAGUUUCCUUGGUUCAAUGGAAAUUCAGCAGUCCGCUUAACCAAACUUCCCAACACGUUUGAAACUGGAAGCUCUUGUCUAUUGAUAAAAUUCUCUUUAUCAUGAGAAAUCUUCAAGUGAAAUUCUGCCAUGUCAUCAGUGGGCGUUUGCAGUUUUAGAGCUGGCAAGGAAAGUACAUGCUUCUAUUGGGGAAUUUGAAGAAAUGGUUCUUGGGGUUAUUGAGGAGCUUGCUCGGCUUUGCAGGGAGAGAACUGCAGACUUUAUGCAAUGGAUGCAUUGCCUUGUUGUUACCAGUCUUCUCUUAGAUAUGUGGAUGGAUACAUUGGACUAAAUUUCUGUGUUAAUUGUAUUAUUUAUGAUAGCAAUUUGGAAAUUGUAAUAUAUUUUUAACAUAUUUGUGUAUAAAUACAGUUGUGAUGUAAUUUAACAAGAGUUCACAAAUAUUUAUGAAAAACAUUUAUUUAA